CACAUCUUGAAACAAUAACAUCCGGGACUUUUGUCAAGUUUUACGGCCAUAUUGUUCAUUGCUACUAAAUGUUUUUGGAAUGCUAUGUGUUGUAAUAAUUUUGUUUUGAAAAACAAUUAGACUAGAUUAUACUAAACUGAAGAUGCAUUUCGCCCCCAUUACAUUUCAUUGUCUUCUGAUGUUUGGGCUGCUUUAAUAGCAAGCACAAGGAAAUCUACUCCCUAGAAUAAAUUUUUGAAAGCAGAGAGCUCCUUUUUCACAGAAAGAUUCUAAAUUCUUACAUGCCUUGAGAAGAUGUGGUUUAUUCAACUGAAUUGGCUUAAACUUCUAGCAUUUAGUGCUCUGAUUAUUGUUUUAUGUGAGAGUAAAGUUCAUAAAGGAACAUCAAAAUGUGAGAAAAUGGAUUGUACCCAGGGCAAAAAUUGUGUCAGCUCGAUAGAGGUCUGCACCAAUCUGACAGCUGAGUCACAGGGACAAAAAAUUUCACUGGACGAACCACACAAUCACAUGCUCUGUUUUGCUUCUUGGAUGACUCCUAACGGUUCCUAUGAACCAGUGAUGGUAAAAAAAGGCUGCUGGAUGAAUGAUGAGGUUUGCAUCGGCCAGACAGAAUGCUUAGAAGAACGUUUUAGUUCGCCCAUUUUUUUUUGUUGCUGUGAUGGAGAUCUUUGCAACAGAGAAUUUCACCAUCGCCCUAAGGAGAACAAAGAACGCAAAAAAUCUGUAUUGGUGGAACCAGGCUACACUAAGCAGGUUCCUGAGCAGCAGCUUAUCAAAACCAUUCUAUACUCAAUAGUUCCUAUUUUAGGAGUUUUCUUAUUGGUGGUCACCAUAUUUUUCAUGUGGCGUCGUCAUCAAAGGCACGUGGGUCACACACAGUUGCCAACUGUGGACCCCAGUCUGGCACCAACGCCAUCUCAGUCUUCACUUAACCUUCAGCUUCUGGAACUCAAAGCUAAAGGUCGAUAUGGCUCAGUGUGGAAAGCACAGCUGCCUGAUCAGUAUGUAGCUGUCAAAAUUUUCCCACUUCAAGAUAAACAGUCAUGGAUGUCAGAGAUUGACAUUUACAAUCUACCUCACAUGAAACAGGAAAAUAUUCUUCAUUUUAUUGGAUCAGAAAGAAGGGAGGAUACUCUAAACACAGAACUUUGGCUUGUCACAGAGUUUCAUGAGAAAGGAUCUCUGUGUGACUACCUCAAGGCCAACACAGUGACAUGGGCUCAGCUGUGCCACAUUGGUCAGACCAUGACCAGAGGCCUUGCGUACCUACAUGAUGAGAUUCCGUCUCCUAUACACUCCCAGGCCAAGCCUGCCGUUGCCCACAGAGAUUUCAAGAGUAAGAACGUCCUUCUGAAGCAGGACCUGACAGCCUGCAUUGCUGACUUUGGGCUAGCUUUGAAGUUUGAGCCUGGGAAAGGAUUUAAUGAAACACAUCCACAGGUUGGCACACGACGCUAUAUGGCACCUGAGGUCCUGGAGGGAGCCAUUUGUUUCAACAGGGACUCGUUUCUUAGAAUUGACAUGUAUGCCUGUGGAUUGGUUAUUUGGGAACUUAUGACUCGUUGCACUGGUGAUGGUCCUGUGAAGGAGUAUCAUCUUCCAUUUGAGGCAGAAGUUGGUCUUCAGCCAACUCUAGAGGAGAUGCAGACUUUGGUGGUCACUCAGAAAGUAAGACCAGCCAUAAACCCUUCUUGGGAGAAGCAUCCAGGACUGUCAAAACUAAUUUCAACUGUUGAAGAAUGCUGGGAUCAGGAUGCAGAGGCCCGCUUGUCAGCAGGCUGUGUGCUAGAGCGCCUGGGCCAGCUCUCCCGCAAUGUCAACUCUGGUAGUGAGGGGCAACUCAUUGACCAGUUACUUUCAUCAACACCGCUGGUAUCCCAUCAGCCCCAGCACAUGUACACCUCUUCCUACGUGCCUAAUACUGCUGUCAUAGACAUGGGCAGGGACUCCAUGCUCACCUCAGACUCUUAUUUGAAUUCAUGCUAAGACAUCUUUCUCUUCGUCUUGGUGUAAUUCAAAAUAAACUAGGCACAGACUGGAGUUUCAGUGUUCUCAGGAUACUAACCAGCUGAUCCAUUGGGAGGACAACGGAUCGCUGGACAUGAGGGUGUGUGUGCUUUUUGUGUUUUAGUUUCAAUUUUGAAAAGAAAGAACAACCUGAUCACAUGAGCUGUGUCCAUUGUUUGGUUACCAUUGACAUCAGCUGUGUCCAUUAAUUGUUGGCCAGUGGCAUCGGCUGGGUUCAUCGUUUGUUACAUCAGCAGUUUCUGUUGUGACCUCUUCAACAGCAAGGAGGAGGGCUGCUAGAUCAAAGCGCUGGUGUAUACAUUGACUAGUUUAUCUCGGUUAAUCAGAAUUUCUUUGUAUUUUCAGCAUUAAAGGUCUUAAUGGUAGAUGUGGUCUCUCUAGACCUUGGCAAUAAGUUAGGUUGAUUAUACUGGAGUUGAACAUGCUGUAGCAUGAGUCGCUGUGAUGGUACUCAGAUAGAAACCUAACGGCGGUUGGCUAUUAUAGAGAUAUUUUUGCAAGUUAACAUUGGAUGUGGAAACACUUUCCAUUUUGUGGUUUGGGUAUGGAUACCACAGUAGCACCAUUGUACCUCAGAUUAAUAGCAAGUGACAACUGACUACAAUUGUUCAUGGGACUGAUGAUAUAUUUAUGCCAUACUUAUGUAAAGUUUACAGCUAAAUAUUUCUCUUCUUGAAGCAUUACUUCGGAUUAAAACUGAUAGUGGAUUUGGAAUUGAUAGCUUUCAUUUAGGUGAUUUUCUCAACAGUGUGGACUUAAAUAUUCUACAAAAUCUUGUUAGAAAAAUGUUUUUUUUUUUUUUCAUGACACUGUUAAAAACAUGUUUCUCAACUAGUGAUUUAAUAUGCACAAUUAUCUAAUUCUAUUAUAUAGUCUCAGGGUUUUCUAUUUUAUGUCUAGAAUUUUUAAAAUUUUUAAAUCAGUUAAUGACAUUGACCACUGCAGCAGCUAAAGAGAUAGUUACCUAACAUUUGAUGGUCACCUCAAUGUUAAGUAUUGGUCGGAGGGUGUGUUUUUUUUUUUUUUUAUUUAACGUCAUUUACAGCAAAGCUAGUUCUAAGCUUCAAUUGAAAAUUUUAUUUGGUGAGUAAUAAAUCUUUACUCAAAAUACAAUUUUACAAAUUAAUAAUUUGAUAAUUAAUACAUCCUUCACAACAAAAUUUGAUCUGUGUUGAAUUUUUAAUUAAAUGACAGACCAGGGGUAGUAGAUACUUAGAGUGGCUUGUAAUGUGUCCUUGUUCUUGUGGAAAGUUCUUGUGUGAACUCUUGCCUUACUACAUCAUUCGACAGGCUGCUUUGGUCUCAUAUUCAUACUGCUAGAAGUGGCAAUAGUCUGGCGAGUGUGUCAGUGUUUACUGUAGCAGCUUCCAAAUUUUGGUGAAUUUUUUUUUUUUUUUUUAAACUUUUUUUUUAAGUGAGAUUAGUUACAGGUGAGUUUCUUGUAUGCUAAAUAUGUUGUAGCUUUGUUAUGUAGUAUAUGCUUAGAAAUAGAUUAUCACGAAUCUUGUUUGUGAUGUGAUUUUUUUUUUUUGGAGACUUAACUUCAAAACAUUUUUUUCACAAAAACUACAAGCUUGACCUCUUGUCACAUAUGGUUUACAGAUGAAAUUUUUAAAAAAUAAUUUUUAUUUGUCCACAAAAGUAUGGUUGUAAAGCAAGGACAGUUAACUCUUUUUCUCCAGAACAAAGCUCUUAUCAGCCAUUUUUGUAUGCCAUAGCUGAUGCUUUAGAACUCUAUUUUUUUUUAUUAUAUUCCUGUACUUUUUAAAAUUACUUACAACAAUCUAGUAUAGUUUUCACCAUUUGGCCAGCACAACGUACAACUGCCUUUUUAUUUUUCCCCAACUAAUGCCAGGUACCCAUUAGAACUAGGGUUAACUUAAAGACGCCCUAAAAAUCCCAAUUUUUUUAAAAUUCCAGAAUUUGAACCCUGGACCACCAGUUGGAAAGCCAAAUGCUUUACCACUCAGCCACCGGGCCUCCUAUAAAUAUGAAUAAAUAUUGUGAAAAUAAUUUUUAUUCAAUCUGGAUCAUAAAAUAUUUCCUAGAUCUAGAGCUAGUUGACUUGUCCACUGUGGGUAAGUUUUCAUUUUUAAUUUCUAUAAUUAGAAUCACUUUUGGUCCUAUAAACAUUAAUUUGUUUUAUACCAAAGGGCAUGCAUUUCCCUUUUAUUCUAUACUAAAUAUAUAACAUUUUCCCAUAACAAGCAAAAUACAUGUUAUUGAAGUUUAACCAUAACAUGGUAGUGCAUGAUGAAUGGGCCAAGUAAAUAAUUCUGUCGGAAUGUGGAAACUAAUUCUGGAGAGAAAGAGUUAAAGAGCUUGAUUAUUUCUGAAUAGUUGAUUCUCAAGUCGAAUAACCUCUAGAUGGAGUUUGAUUGUGAUAUGUAUGUGUGUGUAUAUAUAUAUAUGUAUAUACCAGUCUUUUAGCGUGCUUGUUGAACCUUUAUUAUAGAUAUUUAUAGAUUGUGUAUACAUAGUUAUUAUUGUGUGUACACACCAAGGUGAACGUGUUUAGUUAACACACCUGAUGACAUAGUUUCCGGUGACCAAAUGAUGCAACCUUAUUAAUGAUAGCUGAUAUACAACUUACAUACUUUUUUUUUUUACAUUACAACAAUAAUUUCCUAUGGUUUGUGAAUUUGUGAAAUUUAUAUAUAUUAUAAAUACAUUUUUAAACAUUUUGUUAAUGUCUUUGUAAAACAUUCAUUGGUUUCUGUGAGAAUGUUUUGUGCCCCUCUGAAAGUAUAGACUCUUUUGCUUUAUUUUUUCUUUCAAGGAUUGUAAUAAAAAAAAUCUAUUUAGUCAAAUGACCAGUUACUAUAAGUUUAAGGUGAACAAGUGUGUAUAUGAAUUUGAAAGCACUGUAUUAGUAAGCAAUGCUUAAUAACACAUUUUAAGAGUAGCUGGUUAUUGUUUUUAUUAAUAUAUAAGGAGGGAGGGGACAUAAUGGAGUAUGAAACCGUUUCUCUUUUUAUAAAAUGUCAAAUACUACCUCAUUUGAUGUGCAUGCAUUCAUUUUGUGUUAUCUUCAAUUUUUGUUCUAUAAGUGUUGAUUUUUUAAAAUUGGUAUACUGUGUCAGAGGUAAUUUAAAACAGAAAACUAAUUGCACUUUUUGACUUAGUGGAGAGACUAAUGGAAUUGUGUAUAUCUUGUAGGAAAUGUUGAAUUUUGGUUCUGAGAUCAAAUAGUUCUUGAAUAUUUGUUUAGAAUAUUCUGUACAUACCUUACCAGAGGACUGUCUCUGUGGUUGGGGAGGUCUACGUCCAAACAUUUCCAUUGGAAUUUGAGGGCUCUUUCAAAACUUUUCUCAUGAAAAACACACUAGCUUUUAACAGGAAAAAUCUAUUUUGCCACACAUUUUUAUCUCUUGUACACUAAUGCAUCCCUACACGUAUACAUUGUAAUCAAAGCUUUUUAAAUAAUCAUGUCAAGCACAUUACAAGUAAGUAUUUUUUUCAAAAUCAGCACAAGAAAGUUAACACUACUAAUAAAGUAUGUUGGUUGCUAGUUAAUAACUUUUUGUUACACAUCUGUAAUCGGCAUUGUUUUGAUUUAUACGCCUCAGUUCACUCUUACUUGUCGAGUAAUACGUUGUGAUUCACAUCUAGCAUAUUUACAGUAUAGUAUAUAAAUCUGUCUAAGCUACUUGUUGCGUAUACCUCAUUCUAGACUGCACCUUUGACAUGUACACAAUUUGUCCAUGACGUAAUAGUCAAUUCUAGGGCUUCUUUGUUUGGGUCAUAGUUCAGUGGUUUUUUUUAACUAAAGUGGAACUCUGACCCUGGUCAUAGUUCAGUGUUUUUUUUUAACUAAAGUGGAACUCUGACCUCCUGCAGACACUCUCUAGUUUGUAAAAGUUACAAAUCACCACCAACAGUUGGUCAUACUCAGGAAAUAUUACAAAGUAUCUGUCUGUGUGUUUGUUAUAGCCAGCCCUAUGUUGCCUACAGUUUGUUAUAUAUGCAUUAAUUUAUAGUAGUUCUCUAUUCUUCCAGCUUGGCUGCGUACAUAGUUGUCCUCAUUGACUAGGUCUUGUUUUCUCUCUAGAAAUACAUUAGUCAGUAGUAUGUUUGUGUUUGCUAGACUACUUUGACUGUAGUAUCGACCAUGCUCCAGAACCCUCCGUUGAGUUUGAAAAAAACAAAACUUUCUAAACCUCUUGAUAUGGUUCUGUCAUUCUUGUCUAUAGAUAAACAUUUUUGUUUUUGUUUUGCAAAACUGUAGUUCUUCUCCUACUUUUUAAAAGAUCAGUCAUCCAGAGAAUAGCAUUGAGGCCUCUCAAUGUCUCAUUAGAAUCAAAAUAUUGGCAUUCACAGCUGAAUGAAACAGGGAUUUAAGAUUGUAGAGUCUGAAGUUAUGUAUCAAUGUUCAUAAAUAUCAUACCUGGGGUAUUAAUUUAAGUGAUAAAAUCAACCAUUAUCUAGAAAAAAAAGUAUUAUAUUUCAAGUCUAAUAUUUAAAAACUAGUUGUUUUUUUUUUGUUUUUUUUUUAGAACUUUUUUUUUGUUAUGUGGCUUAAUACAUUAAAAAAUAACUAGAAUAUUUCAGUUUUAAUAUUUUUCUAAUAGAAAAGAACAUUUUUCAUAUAUAUGUGGGACAGAAAAAGAAUUGUGUAAAAGAUUGAUAUAUGAAUAAUCACAAACUUGAAUGCAGUGUAAAUAUUUGAGUUACAUAUUCUCUGAGCUGUACAUAGAACUUCUUAAAGCUUUGGUUCUAAGUUAUGAGAUUACAAAUGUAUUUCAGUUUCCAAAGGCAGUUGCUUUUUGGUUGAGAAAGGCCAUGGAGUAGAGGGGAAAGAUAUUGCUGUUCUACUAGUAGUAGUCCUUUAAGUUGUCCGUUGUUUUGUGUUAGUAUGUGACCAGUGUACAUAGUUGCCAUGUAUUCAUUAGAGUUAUUUUAAUCUUAUAUCUAUAAUAACAAGAGGCUGGAAGUUUCAGCCUAGGACUUGAUGCAUUGACUUUUGAACAAAAUUAAAUGUGUGUGGAAAUCACUGGUUCAGGAUGAAUAGAAUGGGAUGUAUGAAAGUGAAUGAUAGGUACUAAGUUUUCAGGUGAUGAUAUUAACAAGCUUAUUAUUUUGUAAGGAGUCACCAGCAGGCAAUGCUGAGGUAUAAUAGUUGUCAGGUUACAAAUCCUACUUUGCUAUUAGGUUACCAAUCCUACUUAGUGAUUUGAAGUGUCCCAAUACAUCUUCAACCUAAGUAAGUGUUAUGUUAGUGAGAGUUUAUUAAUAGAUUCCUGUAUGAUUAAGGCACUGAUCAAAAGUUGAAGCAUUGCUACUUCAAUGUGUUAAAAUAUAGGUGGAAAAACAUACUUCCAAUUUAAUAUAUUUUUGUCAAUGUCUCGUAAGUUCUCAGGUAAAUCUUCUGGUACAUAGUUCAGUCAUAUGGCAUAAAUGUUCUCAGAAGUCUUAGUCUUUAUAAAAUAAUAGUCCCAUGGUAAAAGUAUAGGCUUUUAGUUUCUAUAUGAAGCCUACCAACUAAAAGGGGAAACUAAAAGGAUUCGGAACCAUUGCCUUGUAUUGAUGUAAGGACAACAACAUUAGGAAAUAAUUGAUUUCAUUGUAGCCUCGUUUGUUGGUUGCUUGUCAAAAAAUUUAAGUGUUUACUUAAUCUGUCCAGAGAAAAUUUGUUUAGGUUUUAACUUAGUAUGUUGGUUUAAAUUAUAAUGGAUUCUGUUUGUAGUGUGUUUGUUCAUCAUCAAAUCAUUCACAUUGACUGUAAAUGUUGUAUUGAAUACAAAUAAAAUAUACUUGACCCCUGUACUUAAAA